AGAAUUAUUGAUGCAUCCCACAACGUGCUCACUGGUGCUCUACCUACGGAAAUCCUCGACAACUUCGCAGCUAUGAAAAGUUCAGAGGAUGACCAAAAGGGAGUUGAGUAUAUGACAGAGGACUCAUUUUUUGAAGGAAAAGGACCUUAUUACGUCCAUUCUGUGAGUUUGGUUAUCAAAGGGGUGGACUAUAGUCUUGAAAGAGUCUUAAUAACUCGAACAGUGAUUGACCUCUCAAGCAACAGAUUCGAAGGACAAAUUCCCGAGAAUAUCGGAUCCCUUCAUUCUCUUCAAACACUCUCUCUCGCUCAUAAUAACUUCAGUGGCCCAAUUCCUAAGGCAUUAGGGAAUUUGAGUAUGCUUGAAUCUCUGGACCUCUCUUGGAACCGACUUGAAGGAACCAUUCCUAUGGAGCUAGUGAAUCUGGAUUUUCUUGAAUUCUUAAACUUUUCUGAAAAUCGCCUUGUCGGACCCAUUCCAAGAGGAAGGCACUUUGAUACAUUUGGAGAUGAUUCAUACAGAAGGAACUUGGACUUGCGUGGAUUUCCCCUGACGAAAGAUUGCGGAGAUACAGAGGCACUACCACCGCCAGCCAUGCCAUGGGAAGCUGAAGAACAAUAUGAUGAUUCUGAAUUCUUUGAUGGGUUCACUUGGAAAGCUGUUCUCCUGGGAUAUGGCUGUGCAUUGGUGCUCGGAUUAGUUAUGGGAGGUCUCAUUUUCUCAACCGGAAAACCAAGUACGAUUGUCGAAGAGUCGUUCAAAUUGCGAAGGCGACCGAGGAAAUGGAUCCACAUAGGCACUUAAGAAGGGCAGUGCAAUAAUUUACAUAACUGUUUUUCCCAGGUCUGAAAAGCUUGCAUAAUUGAUGUUCGCUUUCCCCAUUUAACCAUUAAAAUUAAGUUCGCCUUGUAAGUAGAAUGUUGAUCUCAACUACUUUGUAUUUU